UUGAUGCUCCCUUUCUCUUCUUUUUCUUCUUCUUUACUUUCAGUUCAUCUCUCUCGCCGAUACGAUACAAAGUAAGAUUUUCCUGUCUGCAUCGGUGCCAUGAGCUUCACUCCCUAUUAUUUCUCUUCUCUCGAUAGAAAGGAAAGUGGAGUAGCUGUGACGCGGCGGAGCUGGGAGCCGGGGCUCGACGGUGGUGGAAUGGACAUGGACUUGCUCCGGAAGUCCCAUGCAGUGGAGUUGGACGUCGAUUCCUUCUGGCCCGUCGAACAUCCCAUGGAACCUCAAGAUGAAGAUCGGCCUGUGAAAUGUCCAAUGUCUGCUUCUUCUUCUUCCAUGAGUUAUGUAUUGUUUUUGAAGGAUGGGAAAGGACACGAAGAAAGGGUUGCAGCAGAGAGUUCGCGGAAGAGAUCGGAGCAACCGGCGAUGGUGAAAAACAGAAUUGUGGCAAUGACGGCGGCGGAGCCACCGGUAAGAGCGAUACGUAAAAGGCAUCACAUGCUCACCUGUGACAACAACAUAUCAGCGGCGCCUCUUGUCGGAAAACUUGGUCCCCCUCCAAUUCCACCAUCUCAGACUCUCACCAUUUCUCAAAUGCUUAAGUCCGACCAAGAUUAAAUCAUUUGAAAAGGAAAAUAGCCGUCUUUUUUCCCCAAUCUUGCAAUGUUCUGGUUUCAAAUGCACUUGGAGAGCUGAGAAAAUUGAAACUUUUCCUUGGAAAAUCCUUGAAAAAUGAAAAUGUAGCCCAGGC